CCCGUCUUUUUGAGCCACCCCGAGGGCCGCGCGCGCGCCGUCGGCGAACUAGUCUCCUAUUAUCUCCACCAGGGGUCUCUAGGCGCUCCAGGAGAAGCCUCCGUACUCGUAUCGAGCGCACCAAGCGACCCCGGGCAGAAAGCUCCUCGGAUCUCAGUUCCAGGUGUCCUCGCAGUUGACCGCGGCGCACGCACGCGGUGAACGAGAAAGGCUGCGGCAAAGCAGCUGAAUCGGCUCAGGACAUCCGUCGCGCCGCCCUGAGAAAGCAGCGCCGCGUAUCAACGAGCACAAUGCGACUACGAACCCAAUGCUUACUACUCUGCGCAACAAACGCAGCCGCGCUGCAGCUCCAACCAGCCCCGCAGCUCAUCUUACUACUCUGCGCAACAAACGCAGCCGCGCUGCAGCUCCAACCAGCCCCGCAGCUCAUCAAAAGACCACACCAGCAGCCGCGCGUCAUCCUCACGACCGAACAAGUGGAAAAGCUCGAGCGCAGCGUCGCCGCGGCGCUGCCGGCCGUCGGGCAGUGGGCCGCGUUCGGCGGCGUCGUGUCUGCGUUCACUGGUUUCCUCUGGGGAUGGGCCGGCCUGCCCGCGGCAGGGCUCUACGCGUCGUCCGUCGCGAGCGGGACGGCGUGGGCCCUCGCCUGGGAUCACAUCAUGCCGGGCGGCUCGUACGCGGCGUCCUUUUUAUAUCGUCUCCACGCCAUCGACGCGUCUGCUCGAUGGCGUCUGCUCGAUGGCGUGCCGGUGACGCGAUGUCAGCUCGCUGGACCUCCACGCUAUCGACGCGACGUCAGCUCGACUCACUGGUAACACACGCAGGUGGCCGGCGAGUCGCCGAGAUGAUGGGCGGCACGACGGUCGGCGUGCCGUGUAGCGUUCGCGACGCCGUGGCAAAGACCGCCGCCGCCGCGAAAAUGCCCGCGCCGGCCGCGUACAUCGUGCCGACCAAGGAACCGAACGCGUUUGCCGCGGGCCGCGGCCGCGACCGCGUCGUGGCCGUGACGCAAGGGCUCGUGGAUCUCCUCGACCGGCGCAGACCCGUGCCGAAAUCUCGACGACGUACCUCGCGUCGAUAGCGUGCCUGCGCGUCGAGGCCAAGCAGCCACACCACGCCAUCGCCACGCCGCGCAAGUCGCGAAGAAAGGACACCGCGACGCAGGCGGGAGCUCGAGGCCGUCGUGGCCCACGAAGUCGGCCACCUCAAGCACGGCGACACGGGCCGCGCCGCACAAGCCGCGGCCAUGCUCUCGGGCCUCUCGGCCGCGAAACGCGCCGGCGACCGCAUGGUAGCGAACAAGCGAAAAGAGAAAUCGGACGCGUCCGUCGCCGCGGCCCUCGCCGCCGCGGGCGCCGCCUCGUCGGCCGCGGGGCUGCUGCUCCGUCUCGCAUGAAUCCGCGCGCAAAAUCACGCGGGCGAUGGCGUGGAGGUGGGAGCCUCGCCGAAGACUAAAAAAUCGCAACGCAGGCGGGAAGCCGGCGCGACGAGUUCGCCGCGGACGCCGUCGCCGCGCAGUUCGUCGACGCCGGCGCGCUGGCGGGCGCGCUCAAGAAGAUCGAGGCCGCGGGCGCGCCGCGGGACAAGCUGCACGCGCGGGCGGGCGCCUACGCGCACGCGUACUUUAGCAACGACGACGGGCCGUCGCGCUGGCUCCGGACGCACCCGACCGUCGAGGCUCGGAUCAACGCUCUAAAAUCGGGCGCGCCGCCCGGACGCGCGCCGCCGCCGGCCUGGGCGCGGUUCGCCGCCGAGGCCGUCGCGGAGUCGGUCUCGUAAAUUUCCCUACUUUUCUCUUCUGCGGCGACGCAGCGGCGUGGCGCGUCGAUUGCGUGCGACCUCAACGCACCGCCCCGACAUCACUCCACGCCGUCGCCGCGGCCGGGAAGCGACGCGAAAGCAGCACGCCGUCGCCGUGAUGCGCAGGACGCCGCGCGCAAUCCGCUCUGUCACGGAAACGACUCCUAGUCCACCAGAUCUGAGGAUACCACGGCACCGCCGCGACGCCGCCGACGCGAUCAACAGAAAGUGAACAAAAGUAAAC